AUGAAUACCACAACUGCUUCUGUGGGCUUCGACCUCGCCAGCUUGUAUCCCGGCCUGUCCCCACAGGAGCUCUGCUGGGUGUAUCAAGGAAAAUGCUGGUGUGCCACAAUGUACGUCCUGACCAUCUUUGGAUUCGUGGGGAGCCUCCUAACCUUCAUCGUUGUCCUCCGCAGUGAGCGUCUCCGCUCGAGGUCCACAUUCGUCUACCUGUUGUUCUUGGCGGCAGUUGACGAGUUCGUGCUAUUGUACCUCUCAGGGGAGUGCCUGAACUUUCACCUGAGCCCCCCUUCAACUGAUCAUGUCUGCACGAUCGAUUCUGUAGGGCAUGUUGUGAGUGACACGCUCGUGUAUCUGUCCGUGAUUUACGUGACGGCAGUGACGGUUGAGAGACUGAUCAUUGUGAAAUGGCCGUUGAAGGCUGCAUAUCUGUGCCGAAGACGGACGGCCAUCGUAGCGUGUAUCGUGACCGCUUUUGUCGUCUUGGCCUUCAACGGCUUCAACUUAUCUAUGUGCUACGUCGGGGUAGAAACGAAACUCUCUGUCAUAACAGCCGGCAAUUACAUGUUCAUAAUCAUACACGUCAUCUUGUGUUUGACGAUCGCUGUUUUAACGGCCAUCAUCAUCUUCCAACUGUCGCGCUCCAGCGCUAGACGUCGGCAGAUGUCGACGACGACACCAGCAGCGAGUGCAAGUUCAGGAUCAACAAGGGAAUCAUUCGCCCAGAAAACCCACGUUUUGCUCCUGACCACGCCCAUUUCUUUCACCAUUUUGACGUGGCCGAAAUAUGGUUUUGACAUCUGGUUGACGACGAUAGAGUUGCAGGGGUGGUGUCCAAAAUAUGAGUCUGGAGACUGGCUGACCCACCCUGAGCUUCAGAGAUAA